CCUCUGACAGCUCCUCUGACUCCUCUGACGGCUCCUCCGACUCCUCUGACUCCUCUGACAGCUCCUCUGACCCCUCCGACUCCUCUGACUCCUCUGACAGCUCCUCCGACUCCUCUGACGGCACCGCGUAGGAGUUGAACCAGCGACACAGAGGAGACCACGACCAGGAGGAGGAGACGACCAGGAGGAGGAGAGCAGUCUGAGCAGGAUGCUGCCUCAGACGGCUGACAGCCAAACCAAGAAAAGGCCUGAAGAAGAAGAUGAAGAAGACCAGGAACAAUCUAGUCCUCCCCCUUUUCCUCCCAUUACCAUGCCAACCUCAGAGGAGGUCCGAUCAGAGGCCGUUGUGAACCCGUCGGCCAAUCACGACGUGAGCUCGGACUCGGGGGACGAGACGACUUCCACGCUCUCGGACUCCAACAGGGAAGCGUUACCGUGGAGACAGAAGGAGGAGGAGCACGACGAAGAGGAGACGCAGGCGGUGGCCUCGUCUCCCGACGGACGGUUCCUCAAGUUCAACAUCGAGAUCGGACGAGGAUCCUUCAAGACGGUUUACAGAGGACUGGACACGGAGACCACGGUGGAGGUGGCCUGGUGUGAGCUGCAGACUCAUCGUCUCAACAAGGCAGAGCGUCAGAGGUUCAAUGAGGAGGUGGAGAUGCUGAAAGCUCUGCAGCAUCCAAACAUCGUCCGAUUCUUCGACUCCUGGAAGUCCACGCUGAGGGGCCACAAAUGCACCAUCCUGGUGACGGAGCUCAUGACGUCCGGGACCCUCAAGACGUACCUGCGCAGGUUCCGUCAGAUGAAGCUGAAGCUGCUGCAGCGUUGGAGCUUCCAGAUCCUGAAGGGGCUGCAGUUCCUGCACUCACGCUGCCCCCCCAUCCUGCACCGAGACCUCAAGUGUGACAACGUGUUCAUCACUGGACCCACAGCCUCCGUCAAGAUCGGAGACCUGGGCCUAGCCACGCUUAAGAAGGCCUCAUUCGCCAAAAGUGUCAUAGGGACCCCAGAGUUCAUGGCUCCAGAGAUGUAUGAGGAGAAGUAUGACGAGGCCGUGGACGUUUACGCCUUCGGCAUGUGCAUCCUGGAGAUGGCGACGUCCGAGUAUCCAUACUCUGAGUGUCAGAACGCCGCCCAGAUCUACCGCAAAGUCACCAGUGGCAUCAAACCCAACAGUUUCUCCAAAGUGAAAGUCCCUGAGCUGAAAGAGAUCAUUGAAGGCUGCAUUCGAACCAACAGCAACGACAGGUUCACAGUUCAGGACCUGCUGGAUCAUCGGUUCUUCCAGGAGCAGCUGGGAGUCCACGUGGAUCUGGCAGAGGAUGAUGAUGGUUCGAAGGCAGCCCUAAAGCUAUGGCUCAGGAUGGACCACAACAAGAAGCUUCAUGGGAAAUACAAAGACAACAACGCCAUCGAGUUCCUGUUUGAGCUCUACAAAGACGUCCCAGAGGAGGUGGCCCAGGAGAUGGUGGUGCUGGGGUUCCUGUGUGAGGCAGAUUAUAAGAUGGUUGCCAAGGCGAUCAGACACAGAGUGACGGCCAUAAAGCGUCAGAGGGAGAAACGGCGCCGCCUGCUUAAGGAGGAGUCUGGCCCCACCCCCCAACCACCUGAGCCACCAAGUCAGAAGCCUGCAGUAGCCCCAAGCACCCGUUCUGCUGGGAAGGUGGCCAAUCAGUUGGACUCAGCGGCUGUGUCAGCACCCGCCCCUGCCUGGAUACAAGCCCCGCCCUCGGUAAGGGUGACAUCAUCAAUGCUGUCAUCGAGCAGCAUGCCAGUGGAUUCUGGGAUCAGCAGCGUCUCCAGCAGGACGGAGGGAGACGGAGACGACGACCAUGACAAGACCACCAAACACAUGUCAUACUCCUCCGCUACAUCGGACUGUGAGAUGGACAGCUCCUCUGGUGUCCAGGAGAAGGUUGAAGCCACAUCACCUUCCGUCACAAACCCCAUCCCCCUCCUAUCUGUCCCCGCCCCUGUUCCCAUGGCUCAGGAAACCCCUCGACCCAAGGCCCCUCCUCCCCCUGUGAGCCGGGCUCCAUCCAAAGCUCCGCCCCUCCCCGUGCUGCGUUUCCCCAAGAGCAUCGCUGUGUCCAACAAUGAACGACCGUCGUCUGGAUCGGUCUGCGGCUUCUCCUCACCUGUCGACAGCUAUGCCUCUGAUGUGACCUCAGGUUUGAGUGACGGCAAUGAUUGCCAGUCAGACAAGGGCAACCAGGAAGUGACCAAACGAGCAGCUACGAAGCAGUUCAGGAGGAGAGCGAGGGCUCGUCUGAAAAUCACAGGGGUGUCGGACAUGGUGGACCGCGUGGUGGAGUGCCAGCUGCAGACUCACAACAGCAAGAUGGUGACGUUUAAGUUUGACCUGGACGGAGACAAUCCAGAGGACAUCGCCUCAGUGAUGAUCCACAGAGACUUCAUCCUGCCAUCAGAGAGAGAGGGAUUCAUCCUCCGCAUGUAUGACAUCAUUGAGAGGGCGGAGACUAUGAUGCAUCAACAGCCUGCCAACACCGACAGGUUGUCUCACCUGGCCGCCUCCACACUGCCCGAGCCCACGUCGAACCUUUCAGCUCCAGGCUUCUCCAGAAAUCUGUCCUCGUCUUCACUUCCUGACAUUGCAGAUGCUGAGCCCUCCCCCUCGAAGGGUGUAGACUUCUACAUCGACUCUGAGGCCACACCCUCCGUCAGACCGCUGAGGUCACAGUCCUUCCACACCUCAUCAGCUUCCUCCCAUCAGCCCCCACCCUACCCCCUCCAUUACCCCCACCCAGACUCCACCCCUGCCCCUCCCUCUCAUCUCCCCUCUCCUCCUCACCUCCCGUCCCCCCCCUACUCACCCUACACCGCCCCCUUCCCUACCCAGAGCUCCUCUCCUGGCCUACCCAAGGCCCACAGUAACCCCUCCCACCUCAACCCAUCCUCCUCUUCAGGUCCUUCCCCUCCUCAUUGGCCCCCACCUGACCAGCCUCUCUUCUCUCUGGCCAACGUUCUCUCUCUGGCCAUGAGUGUGGCCCAGUCUUUCAUGCCUCCACCUGGCACCCACAAUCAGGGCUUCCACCCCCACCCCCAGCCCCUGUCUCCCCCAUUUCCCUCCCCCCAGGCCUCCCUCUCUCCCCCCAUGUCUUCAUCCCAGGCCUCUAAGAUCCAUCCUCCAAGCCAUGCCUCCCCCUCUGCUCCCUUCUCCUCCCAGCUGUCUUACAGCCCUCCCACCCCUCAAACAGUCUCCGCCUCCAACAGCCAGCAGGGGGCGCUGCCUGGCCAGACUCCAAGCACUCAGUCUCACAGUCCUGUUCAGUGGAGGGUCCCCUCAGCUCCGCCCCCCCAUGGUUCAGAGACUGUCUCUCCUCCCAGUGCUCCCAGUGCUCCCAGUGCUCCCAGCCCCAGAGUAGAGCUCUCUGACUCCUCCACCUCCCCACCUGCAGUCUCGACUCCCCACAGCAGAGUGUCCUCUCCGUCACCCAGACUAUCACCCAUACAGGAGGCAAAGAAAACUUCAGUCUUCACCGUUGGCCGUUUCCAGGUGACGCCCUCGACAGACGUUCCUGCUGUACGUCAUCAGGAGCCACGCCCCCUGAACCAGGCCACACCCACUGCCCACUCGCCGCCUCCCUCCAGGCUGGACCAAUCAGAGAGCUCAAAGAGCAGCACGGAGGAGCAGAGUGAAUCAGAGACCAGCAACAGCACAAUGACGGUCUCCCCACCUGGACAUCAUCUAGGUUACCAUAACAACCCUAAAGGACAGGAGGAAGAGGAGAGACAGAUGAGGGAAGAGGAGGAGGAAGAGGAGAGGAAGAGGAGGGCGGGUCGGAGGCUGAGUGUCAGUCUGUGGGAGGGGUCGGCCGGUAGCCCUGGCAUGAGCAGCAGCAGCUUCGGCCAAUCAUGGAACCGCUCUGCCCCCUACGUCAGCUCUGACGAAUCAGAGAGCGAGAAUGAGGAGAUGUGGGAAGAGCUGCAGGAGCUCCGUGAAAGACACCUGGCAGAGGUGCAGGACCUGCAGGCCAAUCAGAAGCGAGAGAUCGAGGAGCUGUACCUGAGGAUGGGGAAAGUACCGCCUCCUGGUAUUGUCUCUCCCGCCGCCAUGCUGAACAACCGGCAACGGCGCCUCUCCAAGACAGGAAACUACCCUCCCUCUCGCAAAAACAGCCUGCAGAGACUGGACGUGCUGCCCCCUGCAGGAAUCAUGAGGAAGAACUCGGUCAGCGGCAGCAGCAGUGGAUCUCAGGACAGAGCAGGGAAAGGCGUGACCUUUGCCCCCGGACACAGCUGCAUGUGAGUGAGGAGCUGCUGACUAACUGAAGACUAGAAGAUGAUUAUUGAUGAUGAAGAGGAAAAGAGAGGAAGACGAGUCGUCAGUGAAGACACACGUCACUUUAUUAUAGAACCUGCAGAAACAUGAAAGUCUUUGUUUUAUUCAUCUUGAUUGAAGAUUAUAUUCUGUUUGUGAAAUUGUUUGAUUCCAGAUUUUCGUUUUGUUCUCAUCUGUUUGUUUUCAGUUGAGACUCAAACGUUUUAAUGACAUUUUAGGAAAUAUGGAGCCUUAAUGAGCCUCAUGUCAGGACAGCCAUCUUUUUUCUCAUGAGGUUCUGCAGGUUUCACAGAUUUAACAGUCUGAGUGAGCUCAUAAAUGAUCCUUUUACACUUCCAAGACCUCUUAAAGAUGAAGGAGACAAAUCAGUCUGAAAUCGAAUCCAGGAACCUGAGUCCGGACACCUUUUCCACCUGCAGAAGGCGGCGAGUUCUCUGAAGCCACUGACCAGCUGUCUGUUUGAUCAGCUUCUGGUUAUCUGUCAAUCAGAACCACAUCAGGAACUUUACAGAACCUGUUUGUCAGAAUCUGGUCUUCCAUGAGGCUCCGAGUCUUGUACUGCAGUUUCUCCAUAUCAGCUGUACAGUCUGUAUGUUAAAGAUCUGCUCACAGUGUGUACGGACUGAAGGGUUUCGAAUCAGUGUCUGUAUUUACACAGAAUUUAAAGAACAAUGGUACAUUUUGGAGCUGUUGUGUGAUGAGCAGACAGACGUUCGGUCGAACGAGCGCCGCCUCGUCUGUCUUUCAAAGAACGUUUGACUUGUUGCCUUGAAAGAGUUUGUGUGUAAUAAAAGUCAAAAAGCCGAAUGAUUCAAACAAAGCAGCAGCGCCAUUUCUCCUGAAAGAAAAGUAAUUUAGCUCCGUGAUGAUAAACAGAAGAUUAAAAAGUUUCACACUCAUCAUUACGGCAGUUAUACUUUGUACUUUUCAUUUAAAUUCUGCAUUUUCAAAUAAACGUAAGUCAGCUAAUGAGCCGUUAAAGAUUAGCUUGCUGUAUUUGUAAAAUAAACAUGUGGUUACAUCUCAUCCUGAGCAGGAAGCAGGACUUUCUAUAGCCUGGAGCGAGCACUGAUGUGAGCUGCAGACCUUAGACCAGGCUGGUUAGUUGGUCUGGAGGGUUUCGGACCUCUCUCUCUCUGUCACUACACUGACCCCUGCAGGAAGGUCUGUGCUUUUCAGGUGUGGUGUGUCUGCAGUGUUGAAGAAAAAUACACCGCAAGCUGUGAUGAAGGCUUCAUCGAGGCCUCUCCGUCCACAGUGAUCCGCAUUUCAUCAUCCGUCAGCCGUACGGUUGGGUCCGAUGUAGCAGCGUCCCUCGACAUGACAGAAAAAAAUGUUUUAGAGUUAAUCACAGGGUGAAAAAUACAUAAGCAAUUAUAAAAAAUGAGAAGCCUGGUAAGGACUGAAUCAGUAUAUGAUGACCCACUGAAGACAUUUUUUAACAGACGUUCAGAUCAUUUGUUAAAAUUUCUACAAAUUAAUCAACAAAACUUUUAACAAGAGAUUAAUGCUGAUAGGAGACAGUUAACUCGUGAUUCCAAGUAUUUGGGGGCAGUCGUGGAGAAGCGGCUUGUGACCGGAGGGUCGCCAGUUCGAUUCCCCCCACCGGACUGGCAGAGAAACUUGGGUGUGGUGGAGUAUUCACUCCC